UUCACGGUAGCACCGAAGGAGGAAGAAGAGGAGAAUUCUGAAAGCAGACGGCGUCGUUCUGUCCGGUCCAAACUCAGACCUGGGGACCGAAACGAAACCGUCCUUGCAAAUGAUCUGCUCAGUUGUAGGAAACUCCCAUCAUUUAACCCAGAAGCACUCACUCUCUCUCUCUCUCUCUCUCUCUCUCUCGAUCCGUUAAACUAUCAAGGCCUCUGUGCAUCGGAGGCGAAGGAGGAGGAGGCAGCGGAGCUGAGGAGGAGAUCCAUGGCGUAAUCUCGCACCGCCCGUCCCUCUCUUCAUCGGAUGAACUGCAAUUAGCAGGGCGGUAGUGGGUGCUGGAGAUGGCUGAUGUGGCGGGUUUCAUGGAAGCUGCGGGAGCUCGAUUUAGUCAGCUCGAGCUCAUUGGAAGAGGAUCUUUUGGUGACGUCUAUAAAGCGUUUGAUAAAGAGCUCAACAAAGAAGUGGCUAUUAAAGUAAUUGAUCUUGAAGAAUCGGAGGAUGAUAUUGAGGAUAUACAAAAGGAAAUUUCUGUGCUGUCACAGUGUCGGUCUCAAUAUAUCACAGCUUAUUAUGGUUCCUAUCUUCACCAAACCAAGCUAUGGAUAAUAAUGGAAUACAUGGCUGGUGGUUCUGUGGCCGAUCUACUCCAAUCAGGUCAACCCCUAGAUGAGAUGUCUAUUGCUUGCAUAGUACGUGACUUGCUGCAUGCAAUCGAGUAUUUGCAUAAUGAGGGGAAGAUUCAUAGAGACAUCAAAGCGGCUAAUAUUUUGUUGACUGAGACCGGUGAUGUGAAGGUUGCAGAUUUUGGUGUAUCUGCGCAAUUAACAAGAACUAUUUCAAGGAGAAAGACGUUUGUGGGAACGCCAUUUUGGAUGGCGCCGGAGGUAAUCCAGAAUUCUGAAGGAUACAAUGAGAAGGCAGAUAUUUGGUCCCUUGGGAUAACAGUUAUCGAGAUGGCAAAAGGUGAACCUCCACUUGCAGAUCUUCAUCCGAUGAGAGUUCUUUUUAUCAUACCUCGAGAAAGUCCACCACAGCUGGAUGAGCAUUUUUCUCGUCUGAUGAAAGAAUUUGUUUCAUUGUGCUUGAAGAAGGUGCCGGCAGAGCGGCCCAGUGCCAAGGAGCUUUUGAAGCACCGUUUUAUUAGAAAUGCUAGGAAGAGCCCAAGGCUUCAGGAGAGAAUAAGAGAGCGUCCAAAAUACCAGCCAGUGGAAGAUGUAGAAAGUCCUAUGGGUAAGGGCAUUGUGGAGGGAACUGACACUGUGAAGGUGAAGAGAGAUAUACAAGGAGAAGAAACAGUCAGAGCCAGUGGUCAAGGGAGGACAGUGAAAAACACUGGUUGGGAUUUCAGCAUCGGAGGAACUCAGAGUACAGGGACUGUUAGAAGCAACGUGAGACCACCCCAGGUCAGAGAGAAGAAAAGCGAAGUUUCAUACAAUCAGGCAACCCCCAGAAGAGCUGCAGAUAGUAGUAAUUGGUUAUCUCCAUCAGGAAAUUCCCUCCCUGAGUCUUCUGAAAUUUUAUUCAGAAAAGAUGCUAGAGACCGGUAUUCCGGGGAACAGAAUAAUUACCAUGAAGAUGAGAAUUCAUCUCCGAGUGGAUCAGGAACUGUUGUUAUACGCUCCCCAAGAGGAUCUCAAUCAUCUCCAUUUUCCCAUGACCAAAGUACUUUGUCUAGCGGCACAUAUGCUUCUUUUGAAGAUGCUUCUACCACAGGAACUGUUGUUUUCCGCGGGCAACAGGAUGAGUCUGAUUCUCCUCGAACCCCAAAAUCCAGGUUUGGAGUUCAAGAAAAAAGUUCGAGUGCUUCACUUGAAGAUAGUGCAUUAAAUCUUGCAGAGGCAAAGGCUGCUAUGCAAGUGGGUAUGAGAAGAGGAAAUGCAAGAGAAAGGUCCGCACUAAGCAAGUUUAGAGAUGGUCAGGAAAAUGGAAGUAGAGAACAUACAACCAAAAGUAGUUAUGAUUCUUCAAGGAAUUCACAGGAGUAUUUUGAUGCUCCCAAAGUAUUGCCAAGGUCUAGAAAUGCAAGUGAUGAUGAGGAAAGUGCAAAAACAUUAUCAGCAUCUGCCCCGUUAUCCGUUUUGUUAAUCCCUUCUCUGAAAGAGGCUGCUGGUGAUGAUAUAGACGUGUCAGUUGUCCGAGCAGUUACAAACUCACUUGUGAGUCUGGAACGAGUUAGACCUGGGUCAUGUGAAGUCCUUACGAGCAAGUUGCUUCAGAAGUUGGCAAGUUCGAAGGAACCAUUGCUAAAGGAUUUGCAGGCACAGGCAGCUCACAUCUUCUCAAAGGGAAAGACAUCUCCUCAGGAGUUAGAGAAGGCAAAUUCUGAAGCUGACACUCGUAAGAAGCAGCAGAACAAAGAGCUUAACUCAAGCACCAAUUUGAGCCCCUUGGCCAGAUUUUUGCUCUCCAGAUGGCAAGGGCAAGUUUCACGGGAUCUUAAUCCAACGUAAGGAAUGGGGGAUUGAGGGCAGUUGAGUCAUUUAAAUCAUUUUGUAGUCGGGUGCAUUGAUGCAUUUAUUCUGAUUCAGUUGUACAUAGUAAGUGUAAGAUUAGUGUAUUUAUUGGCUGGGCUCGUAACUGAAAAGUUUUGAUCCUGAAUUCCCUUCCUCCGAUCGAUGUGAAAAGCUGUUUGUCUGUUAUUUAUUCACUGCGAAUGUAAAAUUGACUGAGUGAUAUCAAAUAUUUAUCUAUAGGUUUUUUUUUUUCGGCUGU